AUGUUACCAAAGAUUCGACGAGUUUCCUCAAUUUUACGUAAAAAUAAUAAUGAAUCAUCCACAUCAAAUAAUCAAUUAAUUCCACAAUCAAAUGAACGUCUCAGUAACAAAAGUAGUAGUUCAAGUAGCAAAAGUACAGAAGAUGGCAACAAUGUUUAUGUUGAAACAUUGUUAUACAUUGUACAUGUUGAUGAUAUCGAUUUGCCAAUAUCACCAACGGAUGACACGACAGAGGAAGUGUAUGACGUCGAUAAUGAACAGCAACUAUCAACGACAAAUCAAAUGAGUAGACGUCUAUCUAAACGAACAACAGCAAGUUUUAAUGAACGUCAUCAAACGUCCAAAGAACCCAUUUAUAGUCGACCAUCAUUUACUUUCGCUAAUCCUCUACGACGUCUUAACAGUUUACUUAAAUCUGAUGAUAAACCAACGCAAAGUCCAUCCACUCCAAAACUGAAUAGAUCACCUUUGUAUGCAUCAACCGCAAAACGAUCAUCAACGUUUCUCAACCAAUCAUGUUCAGAAAAUCAAGGCAAAAGUAAAGACGAAGAUGAACAGCGACUAUUUCCACUACCUCCACCAUCAUUUCUUUAUGACAAUCCAAUAACAACUGCUGAAGAACAGGCUACCAUUGAAGCCAGUGGUCCUGGUCUUAAAGACGGUUUUACAAAUGACAAUUGUCAUUUUGAUUUGAAUGCACCGAAUGUGGAAUUAAAAAAACUUGUUAUUGCAAUUGAUGGCCCAUCGAAAGCGGAUAUUCAAAUCGAAAUUGUCGAUACUGGUAUUUAUCGUGUAUUUUAUACAUGUCAUACACCCGGUAACUAUCAUAUUUCUCUAACAUAUGAUGGUCACCAUAUUGGUGAUUCGCCUUACCAUUUACGUUUACGUAAUCAACUCUUACAAGAACAAGUUGUACCGCCAGCUCUGCCACCAGCUCUCAUCUCACCGCGUGCUUUAAUCGAACCUAUUGAGUUCCAUGUCAAUACUCCAUGUAUAGUCACUGUUCGACCAGAAGUACCGUGUGGUAUUUUUCAAGCUUAUAUUCAAGCGCCUCAAGGAAAUAUGAAUUUACCAAUUACAGUUCAUAAAUCCGCCAAAUCCGAAUGUUAUGAAAUCUAUUUUUUACCAAACAUCUGUGGCAAUCAUUUACUCAAUGUUAGUCUUAAUCAUGUACCAAUUGUUGAUAGUCCGUGUCGAUUAACUGUGCGUUCAUCUUCAUCGUCGAAGCCAAUAGCAGCUACUGGACAAGGUCUUUUCCAUGCAUAUGCAGGCGAAGCAAGUCAAUUCUUCGUAUCCAAAUCGCCUAUUGAUUCAUCAUCUGGAACAGGAACGUUUUCUGUUGGUAUCAGUGGACCAUCAACAGUUUUUCUUGAUGCUAAUGAAACCGAACAUGGUUACGAAUUUCACUACAAACCAAUGCGAUGUGGAAAAUAUUUUAUUACAAUUAAAAACGGUGGAAAACACAUUCAAGGUAGUCCGUUUAUGUGUCGUGUUUACAGUAAACCCAAUGAAAAUCGAGCACUUCUAUCAACAAUGUACGAAAUCGAAACUGAUAAUGUUGAUGAAACAACAAUCGGUUCUACAACUCAAGCAACAUCGAGCUGUAAUUCAUUAUUACCAAUUCAAACACUAUUGAAUCCUAUUCAUUCCUCUUCAACAUCAACUACCUAUGUUGAUCUGAAUAUUCUUCGUUCAUCAAUGACUGGUGAUGCAUCGCAAGUGUGUGUUUUUGGAACUGGUCUUUACGAAGCAAAACCACGACGAAAAGCAAAGUUUAAAAUCGAUGCUAGUCAAGCAGGUUUUGGUUUAUUAUUAGUUGGCCUUUAUUCAUCUCGUGGACCAGCAGAACGUCUUGUUAUUAAACGAACAAAUCUCUCAUCUCCUGGAUAUGUUUAUAAAGUGUCUUAUCGUGUUCGAAUACGUGGUCAAUAUAUGUUAGUAAUUCUUUACGGUUCAACGAUGCAACAUGUUCCCGGUAGUCCUUAUCUUGUCGUUGUUGAAUAG